AUGUCGAAACACACAGAAGAUGACAUCGCAGAGUUCCAGGAGACGUUUCAUUUAUUUGACACUCGAGGAGACGGGAAAAUUGCUGCCAAUCAGUUGCCAGACGUUUUAAGGGCUCUGGGCCAAAACCCUACAGAGCAAGAAAUCAGAAAAUGUGGAUUUUCUCAGAACCCAGAUGCCCGUAUGUCCUUCGAGACAUUUUUCCCUAUCCUGCAGACCAUCAGCAAAAACCGUGUCCUGCCGACUCUAGAAGACUUUGUUGAAGGAUUCCGGGUCUUUGACAAGGACCAGAAUGGUCUCAUUGGGAGUGCAGAUCUCAGACAUGUCCUGACCUCCUUAGGUGAGAAGAUGAAUGAUGAUGAGGUCAGCGAGCUGCUGGUUGGUCAAGAGGAUGGUCAGGGUAAUGUCCAGUAUGAAGAGUUUAUCAAGAUGGUGAUGAAUGGAUAA